AGAAGCAUGGCCGCUGUGUUGAGGGGUUCUCGGUGCCUAUUUGUAAGCUGUUACAAAAAUGUUGACUUUGCGUUCGUCUCCACAAGGUCUAUGGCCUCAAAGACACAGGUGGGGUUCGUUGGGCUGGGCAAUAUGGGAAACCCAAUGGCAAAGAACCUGCUGAAACAUGGAUACCCAGUCAUUGCUACAGAUGUAUUCCCCGAGUCAUGUAAAGAACUUCAGGAGCUAGGCGCACAGAUUCUGGAUAAUCCUGCUGAGGUAGCAGACAAGGCAGAUCGUAUUAUCACAAUGCUUCCUUCAAGUCCCAAUGUCAUUGAUGUGUACACUGGACCUAAUGGGAUCCUCAAAAAGGUGAAGAAAGGUUCACUACUCAUUGACUCCAGCACCAUUGACCCAGCCGUUUCAAAGGACAUGGCAGUUGCUGCAGAGAAGAUGGGAGCCGUUUUUAUGGAUGCGCCUGUGUCAGGAGGUGUGGGUGCUGCAAGUUCAGGGAAGUUGACUUUCAUGGUGGGAGGAGCCGAGGAGGAAUUCACCGCAGCCAAGGAGCUGCUCAGUUGCAUGGGAGCCAAUGUGGUGUACUGUGGUCAGGUUGGGACUGGGCAGGCAGCUAAAAUCUGUAACAACAUGCUGCUGGCCAUAGGAAUGAUCGGCACUUCGGAGACGAUGAACCUGGGAAUCAGACUCGGUCUCGAUCCUAAGCUGCUGGCCAAGAUCUUGAACAUGAGUUCUGGCCGCUGUUGGUCCAGUGACACCUACAACCCGGUGCCUGGAGUCAUGGAAGGAGUCCCCUCUGCCAAUAACUACCAGGGAGGCUUUGGCACCCAGCUGAUGGCUAAGGAUCUGGGCCUGGCGCAGAACACCGCCACCAACACCAAGACGCCGGUCCCUCUCGGCUCCCUGGCCCACCAGAUCUACCGUAUGAUGUGUGCGCGGGGGUACGCCGGCAAAGAUUUCUCCUCCGUGUUCCAGUUCCUGCGUGAGGAGGAGGGCCAGCAGUGAGAGAGAGAGAGGAGAGAGAGAGGAGAGAGAGAG